AUGGAUAUUGAACAAGCAAUUGAAUGCGUCAUUGGAAUUUCAAGUGAUCGAAUUGAACAAGAAAGAAUCGUUGCAGAAGGUAACGAAAUAGAAGAAAAUAGACAAAAUGACAUACUUGGACAACUUGGAUGGAAAUUUCAAUCCCGUGAAGAGCUUCUUGGUACUCUUAGAGAUUUUUUCUCAAUGCAAGGUAAGAGACAUGCGGAUGGCUUUUGGGUUCUUGAAGUGAAGAAUAGUUCACAUAAUCAUGAACCUUCAAGUGAUAUGUCUGGACAUCCUUCUUGUCGUCGUUUGUCAAAAGAAGAGAUCAUGAGCAUUGAAAAGAUGACUAGAUCGGGGGUACCACCACGCCAAAUACUUUCUUCACUUCGACAAGGGAAUCCGAAACUUCAGGCAAUAUCAAGAACAAUCUACAAUAUGAAGGUUAAACUUAAAAAUGACAACUUGGCCGGACGAACUAUGAUCCAAGCAUUAUUUGAAGAGCUUUGUCAAGGUGAUUUUACUUUUUAUGUUGCACAUGAUCAAAAUGGUCAUUUGACGCAUCUAUUUUUUGCACACCCUUCUUCCAUUGCAUUGACAAGGAGCUAUACAACUGUCUUUGUGAUGGAUUGCACUUACAAGACUAAUAGAUACAAGAUGCAACUACUUGAUAUCGUUGGAGUUUCAAGUUUUAACAAUUCGUUUUACUCAUGCUUUGUAUUCUUGGCAAAAGAGGGAGAAGAAGAUUACGUUUGGGCUUUACAAAUGUUUAGGAAAAUAUUGGGUCCCGCUUGUUAUCCUACUGUCAUUGUGUUCGAUAGGGAGUUGGCCUUGAUGAAUGCUAUAAAGGUUGUCUUCCCAACAACUACUAACCUUUUAUGUGUAUGGCAUAUUGAGAAAAAUAUUUUGGCGAAUUGCAAGUCUCAUUUUAAAACUCAAGAGGAUUGGACCACAUUUUUGGAUACUUGGAACGAGGUGAUAAGCUCUCCAGAUGGAGGGGCAUUUGAUGAAGCUUGGAAAUUAUUUGAACUACUCUACAAUGAGAAGGAGUACGUGUUAAGCUAUAUUCAAAGGACAUGGCUUCCAUUUAAAGAACGAUUUGUAAAAGCAUGGACUGAAAAGUGUGCUCAUUUUGGAAAUCGUGUUUCUUCGAGGGCGGAAGGUGCUCAUGGAAAAUUGAAGAAAUAUUUGCAAGUUUCAACCGGUGAUCUCCAUCAAGUGAAGUGA